AUGAAGCUCGCAGUAAUAAUUUGUCUUCUAACAGCCUUCCUGGACCACCGUUUUUCACUCGCCACACCAGGCGGACAGGCUAGGGCGCUGUUUUUCCCACCGAUGACCACCCUCCAGGUCACGAUGUGUACCGUCACAAAUGGGCGCCUGUUUAAGCCACCGAAGAAAGACUACGCCGUCCGGCGGCUGGGCAUCAAUUUGGGGUUCCAGGUCAACUAUAACCUUCCGUUUCAAUUGAUAGACUUCUACAAACCGGCGUACUGGGCCCGGGCCCUGAUCGGUGUGGUGCAGGGCCGCUUCAAACCGACGACCGUCGUGUCGGCCCGCGACUUCAAGCGUUCCGUUACGCAUCCCAGCUCCGAUCUGACGGCUGGCCAGCUGUACCGGGCGGCGGAAGAGUUACUGCAAGCGAUGGAAUUUGGGUCCGAUUGUUUGGCGAAAAGUGUGUGCGAGUUGGCCCACAGUCCAUUCCAUCGCGAGCCGAACCAGGAAGAUCUUCUGGUGGAGGUGGCUCAUUUUUUGCUAACCCCUUCAUUUCACAGAUCAUUUGGAGAGACGGAAUACCGGGAGAGGGCCAAAUAUGAAAUGGCUGAAAAUCUGGGAGUGAGUGGAGCCGACUGUGAGCUUAUAUACUCCAGCUGCCCUAAGUCAUUGCUUGAGCAUUAUUCGAAAUUUGAAUAA